CGCCCGGCCGCCGCCCCGCAGCCCCCGCCCGCCCGCCCGCCGCGCCCGCCGCCACGCACCGAGCUCGCCCCGGAGCCUUCACCAUUAAGAGGAAAGCGAUGGAGGAGCUGAGCGCGGACGAGAUCCGACGGAGGCGCCUGGCACGACUUGCCGGGGGACAGACGUCCCAGCCGACCACCCCGCUCACGUCUCCCCAGCGGGAGAACCCCCCGGGCCCGCCGCUGGCCGCGUCCGCCGCGGGGCCCUCGCAGAGCCUCGGGCUCAACGUGCAGAACAUGACCCCAGCUACCUCCCCCAUCGGCGCUGCAGGUGUGGCCCACCGGAGCCAGAGCAGCGAAGGCGUCAGCUCGCUCAGCAGCUCGCCGUCCAACAGCCUCGAAACCCAGUCUCAGUCGCUGUCACGCUCCCAGAGCAUGGACAUCGACGGCGUCUCCUGCGAAAAGAGCAUGUCCCAGGUGGAUGUGGAUUCAGGGAUCGAGAACAUGGAGGUGGACGAGAGCGAUCGGCGCGAGAAGAGGAGCCUCGGGGAAAAGGAGCCCCCCUCGGCUUCGGAGGUGUCUGAGGAACAAGCCUUGCAGCUGGUCUGUAAGAUCUUCCGUGUGUCCUGGAAGGACCGUGACCGGGACGUCAUCUUCCUCUCCUCCCUCUCUGCGCAGUUUAAGCAGAACCCAAAAGAAGUGUUCUCAGACUUUAAGGAUUUGAUUGGCCAGAUUUUGAUGGAAGUGCUAAUGAUGUCCACCCAGACUCGCGACGAAAACCCGUUUGCCAGUCUGACGGCCACGUCCCAGCCCAUCACCGCGGCCGCUCGGUCCCCGGACCGCAGUCUCCUGCUCAAUGCUGGCUCCAACCCGGGCACCAGCCCCAUGCUCUGCAGCGUGGGCUCCCUCGGGGUCGGCUCCCUGUCCAGUUUGGGAGCCUCUGGCGGGGCGAGCACUUGGGACUCCUACAGCGACCACUUCACCAUCGACACCUGCAAGGAGACGGACAUGCUGAACUACCUCAUCGAGUGUUUCGACCGAGUGGGGAUAGAGGAGAAGAAGGCACCAAAGAUGUGCAGCCAGCCCGCAGUCAGCCAGCUUCUGAGCAACAUCCGCUCCCAGUGCAUCUCCCACACGGCGCUCGUGCUCCAGGGCUCCCUCACUCAGCCAAGGUCCCCGCAGCAGCCUUCCUUCCUGGUGCCCUACAUGCUCUGCCGGAAUCUCCCGUACGGCUUCAUUCAGGAGCUUGUGAGAACCACUCACCAGGACGAAGACGUGUUCAAGCAGAUCUUUAUCCCUGUCUUACAAGGCCUGGCUCUCGCUGCCAAAGAGUGUUCCCUGGACAGCGACUACUUCAAGUACCCGCUCAUGGCUCUGGGGGAGCUGUGCGAGACCAAGUUUGGGAAGACUCACCCAGUGUGCAAUCUGGUCGCUUCUUUGCCGUUGUGGUUGCCUAAAGCCUUAAGCCCUGGCUCCGGGCGGGAGCUGCAGAGACUGUCUUACUUGGGGGCUUUCUUUAGUUUCUCGGUCUUUGCGGAAGAUGACGCUAAAGUGGUGGAAAAAUAUUUCUCAGGGCCAGCCAUUACCCUGGAGAAUACUCGCGUGGUCAGCCAGUCACUGCAGCAUUACUUGGAGCUGGGACGGCAAGAGCUCUUCAAGAUCCUGCACAGCAUCCUGCUGAAUGGGGAGACGCGGGAGGCCGCCCUCGGCUACAUGGCGGCUGUGGUCAACGCCAACAUGAAGAAGGCCCAGAUGCAGGCCGACGACCGGCUCGUGUCCACGGACGGCUUCAUGCUCAACUUCCUCUGGGCGCUGCAGCAGUUGAGUACCAAGAUCAAGCUGGAGACUGUGGACCCCACGUACAUAUUCCACCCGCGGUGUCGGAUCGUUCUCCCCAGUGACGAGACGCGGGUGAAUGCCACGAUGGAGGAUGUGACCGAGUGGCUGGCCGAGCUCUAUGGAGACCAGCCUCCGUUUUCUGAGCCGAAGUUCCCCACGGAGUGCUUCUUCCUCACCCUGCACGCCCACCACCUCUCCGUCCUGCCCAGCUGCCGCCGCUACAUCCGCAGGCUCCGGGCCAUCCGCGAGCUCAACAGGACUGUGGAGGACCUGAAGAACAAUGAGAGCCAGUGGAAGGACUCCCCGCUGGCCACGAGGCACCGCGAGAUGCUGAAACGCUGCAAAACUCAGCUCAAGAAACUGGUACGAUGCAAGGCCUGUGCGGACGCGGGGCUGCUCGACGAGAGCUUCCUGCGCCGGUGCCUCAACUUCUACGGCCUCCUCAUCCAGCUGCUGCUGCGCGUCCUGGACCCCGCCUACCCCGAUGUGACACUGCCUCUGAACCCAGACGUCCCCAAGGUGUUUGCAGCAUUGCCCGAGUUUUAUGUAGAAGAUGUUGCUGAAUUUUUAUUUUUUAUUGUACAGUACUCCCCCCAGGUGCUCUACGAGCCCUGCACUCAGGACAUCGUCAUGUUCCUCGUGGUCAUGCUGUGCAACCAGAACUACAUCCGCAACCCGUACCUGGUGGCCAAGCUGGUCGAGGUCAUGUUCAUGAGCAACCCGGCCGUGCAGCCGCGGACCCAGAAGUUCUUCGAGAUGAUCGAGAACCAUCCUCUGUCCACCAAGCUGCUGGUCCCGUCCCUCAUGAAGUUCUACACAGAUGUGGAGCACACCGGGGCCACCAGCGAGUUCUACGACAAGUUCACUAUCCGCUACCACAUCAGCACCAUCUUCAAAAGCCUGUGGCAGAACAUCGCGCACCACGGCACCUUCAUGGAGGAGUUCAACUCGGGGAAGCAGUUUGUCCGCUACAUCAACAUGCUGAUCAACGACACGACCUUCUUGCUGGACGAGAGUCUGGAGUCUCUGAAGCGGAUCCACGAGGUGCAGGAGGAGAUGAAGAACAAGGAGCAGUGGGAGCAGCUGCCGCGGGACCAGCAGCAGGCCCGGCAGUCUCAGCUGGCGCAGGACGAGCGAGUGUCGCGUUCCUACCUGGCCCUGGCCACGGAGACGGUGGACAUGUUCCACAUCCUCACCAAGCAGGUGCAGAAGCCCUUCCUCAGGCCGGAACUCGGACCCCGACUGGCCGCGAUGCUGAACUUUAACCUCCAGCAGCUCUGCGGCCCCAAGUGCCGCGACCUCAAGGUUGAGAACCCAGAGAAAUACGGCUUCGAGCCCAAGAAGCUGCUAGACCAGCUGACGGACAUCUACCUGCAGCUGGACUGCGCGCGCUUUGCCAAGGCCAUCGCCGAUGACCAGCGGUCCUACAGCAAGGAGCUGUUUGAGGAGGUCAUCUCCAAGAUGCGCAAGGCCGGCAUCAAGUCCACCAUCGCCAUCGAGAAGUUCAAGCUGCUGGCCGAGAAGGUGGAGGAGAUCGUGGCCCAGAACGCGCGCGCCGAGAUCGACUACAGCGACGCGCCCGACGAGUUCCGAGACCCGCUGAUGGACACCCUGAUGACAGACCCCGUGCGGCUGCCCUCGGGCACCAUCAUGGACCGUGCCAUCAUCCUGCGGCAUCUGCUCAACUCCCCCACGGACCCCUUCAACCGGCAGACGCUGACCGAGAGCAUGCUGGAGCCCGUGCCGGAGCUGAAGGAGCAGAUCCACGCCUGGAUGCGAGAGAAGCAGAGCAGUGACCACUAGUGACCACUAGCCCGGCCCGCGGGUGACAGCCCCCGUGGCGACCACGUCGUUCCCGCUGGAGGCCCAGUGGCCCUGCCCAGCGCCCGGCCCGCCCCCGCCACGCAGUGGGCCGCGAGGACACGCCAGGAGGAGCCGGUUCCUGUACAUAUAUUUAAUGCCAGCGCGAUCAGAGCUGAGGGACACGCCCCGGGGUCGCCCCUGUAAUAAAGCACGUCCUUCCCGGCGACCACGGGGCCGGCCACACGCGUCGCAGCGCCGAGGCGAGCGGGCGGGCAGCACCCCCCCUUUGUUUCUCCCCUGAAUCCAGUAUCCGUUGAUUUGGUGGUGAUUAGAGAGCCUUGGACAUUUUGCUGCUAAAGAAUCUUCCCCCCCAGCCCCCUCCCGGCCCUACUUGCACUGCUGUGGAUUUUUUUAAAGAGAAGCAAAAACACAAAUAAACUCCUCCCUCCCCCGGCCCCCCCAAACACAUAUUCUGUGAGAUAACUGUGCCUGCAACAGCGUGUCAAUCCCGGGGUCGUAUUUUUAUAUCAUAUUCACGUAUUUGUUUUUUUAAUUGGUGUUAGAUGACAUGAUUAAUAAAAAAGGCAAGAUAUUUUCAGAAUUUGAAUUUCAGUUUUUUUUCCCCCCCUUUUGAAAUGUCCCUGAUCCUGGUUUUAUUAUUAUUAUUAAUUUUUUUUUUUUUGGUUUUUUGUUUUUCUUUUUAAUUUUAAAGGAGAUGCAGAGAACCGUGUUGACGGGGCCUCGUCCUCAGCCCGGUCGGGGCGCAGGAGCAGGACAGCCAGGGGCGAGGGGCACUCAGGUGUUGUGCCAUGAUGGUCUGGGGGGUGGAGGGUGGUUUUUCUAAUGCUCAAUGACAGUGGGAGGCCUCUGAGGGUGACAUGUCCCUCGGCCGGAGUCUGGGUCGGCAGGAACCGCUGCUGUGCUGAGCCCUUUGGGACCGAGCCUUACCAAAGCAAACACACGGUGCAAGCGUCCUGGGGGGAGACUCGGCUUAUGCUCACACACGCGCGCGCGCACACACACACACACACACACACACACACACACGGGAAACUUUUGUAUUAUCGCUGCCUAUGUCACAUACUUGAAUUUUUGGAUUUCCUUUGGGGUGGAAAAAAAAAUUUAAACCAUAAAGUGUUCCGAAGCAAUGAAGUCUUACAAAGAAACAUAACUUCCUUUUCCUCUUCCUUUUCUUCACCUCUCGCAGACAAUGUGCUCUGUUCAAUUCCUGACCAAAUUCCAAUAAACGGUGGGACACCCCCGGAAGCAG